AUUUUUGGAUUAAACCUAUUUCAGGGUAAGUUGAGAGACGGUUGGACGGUGGCCGUGAAAAGGCUAUCUUUAGAGAAAUCUCUCCAAGGAGAAUCAGAGUUUCUGGCUGAAGUGAGAAUGAUCACCAGCAUUCAGCAUAAGAAUUUGGUACGACUUCUCGGAUGUUGUUCCGAUGGAGAACAACGACUGCUUGUCUAUGAGUACAUGAAGAACAGGAGCUUGGACCUCAUAGUUUAUGGUAAGUAA